GCUCCGGGACGGCCGCGUCCUCCUCUCCGCCCGGCGGGUGCCCGGCGCGGGGUCUGGGUCCGGCGGCGCCUUCGCCGCAGGCGCCCCGGAGCAGCGAGGUUGGAGGCGGGCGCGGUCGGCGCUUUCCUCGCUCGUGCCGGGCCAUGAAGGUCGAGUUUGCGCCGCUCAACAUCCCGCUGGCGCGGCGGCUGCAGACGGCGGCGGUGCUGCAAUGGGUCCUGUCUUUCCUGCUGCUGGCACAGGUGUGCAUUGGACUCAUUGUGGUGCUGAUCAUAUACAACUACUGGUUCCUCUACGUCCCUUAUUUGACAUGGCUUUACUUUGACUGGCAUACCCCAGAGCAAGGAGGCAGGAGAUCCAAUUGGGUGAGAAGCUGGACUGUUUGGAGGUACUUUAAGGACUAUUUUCCAAUUCAUCUCAUCAAAACCUGUGAUUUGGAUCCAAGUCACAACUACAUAUUUGGGUUUCACCCCCACGGAGUGCUGGUUACUGGAGCCUUUGGAAAUUUUUGUACGAAUUACUCGAACUUCAAAGAGCUGUUUCCUGGCUUUACUGCAUAUCUUCAUGUGCUCCCGUUUUGGUUCCGGUGUCCUCUCUUCCGAGAAUAUCUGAUGAGCAGUGGGCCAGUCUCAGUUUCCAAGAAAAGUGUGUCCCAUGUGCUAAGCAAGGAGGGAGGUGGAAACAUUUCAGUCAUUGUCCUUGGGGGUGCAGAAGAAUCACUGGAUGCCCACCCUGGGAAAUUCACCCUGUUCAUCCGCCAGCGGAAAGGAUUUGUUAAAAUUGCUUUGACCCACGGUGCCUAUUUGGUCCCCGUGUUUUCUUUCGGUGAAAAUGAACUGUUUAAACAAGUUAACAACCCUGAAGGCUCGUGGCUUCGAACUGUGCAGGAGAAACUGCGGGACGUCAUGGGGUUUGCUCUGCCCCUGUUCCACGCCAGAGGAGUUUUUCAGUACAAUUUUGGCCUAAUGCCCUAUAGGAAACCUAUCCACACUGUCGUUGGCCACCCAAUCCCCGUUCAUCAGAGUCUGCGCCCAACCCCGGAGCAGAUCGAGGAGUUGCAUCAGACCUACAUGGAAGAGCUGAGGAAAUUAUUUGAUGAACACAAAGGGAAGUAUGGUAUCGCAGAGCAUGAAACUCUCAUUUUUAGGUAACUGUAUUCAUAGAACAUCCUGUUGAGAGAAUAAAUAUUUUAAAUAAGGA